AUGAGAUAUACCGCUAUGCGCUCCCUAAGGCGCCGAAGCAGGAAUCGUUAUUCACAUUAUUCACAUAAUCCAUCAUCACAAACAUUCAAUCGUCAACAACAUUCUCCACGAUCGUCUGGUGAAG